CAGCAUUCGGACCCUUCUCUCGGACUGCGUACACAGGUCCAGGGCUCUCCUCCGCAACCAUGGAGCAUCCCAGCUCCUCUCCCCUCCGCUUCCUAAUCCGUCCUCCUCCUCCAGCAACGACCUCACCAGCCGCCGCACCUAUCGCCACCACCCCUACCCCACCGCACUCCAUCUCUUCCUCUAACCCUCCUCCCCCAAAUCUCAACCCUACCCCUGCACCCUCCUCCUCCUCAUCCUCCGACCCUUUAACUACCUCCGUUUCGCCUUCUCCUAUCGGCGUUGUCGUGGUUGGUUUUCUUGGCAGCAAACCAUCUACCGACCUCACUCAUCUCAUCAACCGCCUCCUUGACGACAACGUCUUUGGCUCCGCCAACCUGGAGAAGAAUAUCCCCACCUCUUUGAUUCCCGAUGCGACGGACUGGUUCGAUCGCCGGAGGAUCGGAUACCACUACGAGCCGGAGAAAGGAAUGGUCUAUCUUCUAUACUCUCCUUCGUCCCCUUCGAGAUUGCUUCUGCUUUCAUCUUCGACGUCGGAUGAGCGGGACGAGGGCGCUAUUUCCGUUUUAGAGGAAUGCGAGGCCGAAGAUAUCCGAUAUAUGCUCCUCAUGUUCUCCGUCUGCCAUGUGAUUGUGUUCGUACAUGAGGGUUUUCGAUUUGACAUACAAAUCUUAAAGAAGUUUCGAAUGCUGCAAGCUGCAAAGCAUGCUCUUACCCCAUUCUGGAGAUCCCAAAUUGCACCCUUAGUAUCACCUAAACAAUCUUUGGCCAUUCCCCAGCCUAAUGAUGUGGGAGCCUCUUCGGUUUCAGCCCCUACUAGAAGGGGAGGUUCUUCAAGCCGACCUGGCUCAGCAAUUUCUCUCAUGUCAGGCAGCGGUUCGCACCCAUCUAUUCUUCCUGGCCUGUGUAUUCCUGUUGUUCUUUUUGUUUUUGAAGAUGAUUUCACUGAUGGUUCGAGUGCCAUGACCAAUGUGGAUGAGAUGACUGAUGCCUAUAGGCAAAACUUGGCAGUCAAAGGAUCAGGUUCUGUGGUAAUGCUGGCACGCCCUGCUAGUAAAGCUGAAGGUAGUUUCAGGAAGAGGCUGCAGUCAUCUCUGGAGGCACAGAUUCGAUUUUUGAUCAAGAAAUGUAGAGUACUUUCUGGAACCGACCACAGUCAUAGUGGAUCAAGGGGAGUUGGGAGUGCUAAUUCCCACCCUUUGUUUUUACUCGAUGCAUCAAGGGUUGUUGUACUCUUAGACCGCUCAGUGAAUCAGAGAGGAGAACCCUUGAACUUUGUUACUAGUCUAAUAGAAGAGGCUUUGAAUUCCAAGAACAGAGUUGAUGUGCUUAUGCUUGAAAAUCAUUCUGAGAAUCUACAUAAUGAGGAUAUUCAGUCAGUAAAGGAUUUCAUCUUGAGACAGGCUGAUAUGCUAAGAGGCAGAGGAGGGUUGCCAAGUAAUGUGAAUAGUGGUUCGGUUGCUGGUGUAGGUGUAGUUGCUGCUGCUGCAGCUGCUGCAGCAUCAGCAGCUGCUGUUAAAUUAGCAAGUGCUCCUGAGCUCCCAAGUCUGGAAAGCUGGUUAAAAGCUACUAAUCAUAUCCUUGAGGCUUUGCUCUCCUUAGGUCAUGGCUUGACAGAUGAAAUAAGAAGCACGGCAAGGUUGCCUCUCCAAAGAAGUACAACAGAGACACAAGAUAGACAUGCUGUUGAAGAUUCCAUCUCUUGCCUGGAGAGCUGUAAAGGUAUGAACAUGAAGUUUUCAGUAUCUUGGUGCAAAAGGGCUCUUCCAGCUGCUAAGGAGCUUUAUCUAAAAGAUCUUCCUGCUUACUAUCCAACUUCAAUGCACAAUACACACUUGGAGAAUGCUUUGCUUGCUUUUAAUUCAAUGGUCAAAGGACCAGCCGUGAAAAUGUUUAAGAAUAAACUUGCAGACGAAUGCACAUCAAUCUGGGAAGCUGGGAGGCAACUUUGCGAUGCUGUCAGCCUGACCAGAAAUCCUUGCAUGCACCGCCGGCAUGACAUCAAUAACAAUAAUUCUUCUAAGGAAGAUGCCAUCAUUCAACAUUCUAGCGGAUAUGUUUUUCUUCAUGCUUGUGCCUGCGGCCGCUCAAGGCGUUUGCGUGACGAUCCUUUUGAUUUUGAAAGUGCAAAUAUAACCUUCAAUCAUUUCACCAAUUGUGAAAAUCUUCUUCCUAGUCUCUUUAUCUCAAAUUUUGGCAUUGGAGGACCACUUCCUCCUGCUUCUUGGAGUUUAAGGCGUGUUGGAGGAGCAAGGUAUUAUGAACCAUCCAAAGGUUUAAUUCAAACAGGUUUUUGUUCUGCCCAUAAGUUUUUGAUGAAGUGGACAAUUUCAUUUGAUAAACAGAACGAAACAGAUAGCUUUUCCUUUGGAGUGACUGGAAAAAGUUAUGUUGAAAGUUUAAACCCUGGGCCUAAAGUCAUGCCUGCCAGGGAUGAAAGGAAAAAGAAGUCAGCUGAAACCAAACCUAGUGAAGUUCAGCUCACGUCAGAAAUCCAGAGAAAAACAUCAGAGCCUGUGCCAUCAAAUGCAACAAGCAUUAGUUUUGGUAAAGGUCUUCCAUCUUUCACCAUGAAGAAGCCUUUUGCUGAGGUUGUCGCAGGUAUAGCAACUGCUGAUUCGACAUCCCUUGCUCUUAAGCAGAGAAAACAUAUAAAAGAUAUUACAGAUAAAGGCAUCAGGCAGUCCAGUUUAGCCAAUCAAAAUGAUGGUAGAAAAAAUGCAAUGGAUGAUCAACAGGCCUCCCAAGGACCUGAACAUAUUUCUGCCAUAGAAAGCUCAAUAAAACCAGAAACCAAUUGCCAAACCAAUGCUAACUCAUAUUUACAAAUUGGAACAAAUAUAGUUCCUGUGGACAUGUUUAACAAUGGGGAGAUAAACCGAACCAGUUCUUCAAAGCAAUCUAUUGUAUAUGUUGGAUUUGAGCAUGAGUGCCCUUUUGGUCAUCGCUUUCUAUUAUCUUUAGAGCAUCUUAAGAACAUUGAUUCUUCAUAUUCAUUGUCGUCUAAACAGUAUUCUUCUACCAAUGUUUCUGAAGGAAAAUGUGCUGAGACUAAGACUGGAGUGCAUGAGAUGCUGGAUCAUUAUUCAUCUGGAAAAGUUGCUUCUGUGACUAAUUUGCGGAAAAAUAACAAACUCAAUGAGUCUGUGUCAACUAAUGGCGGUCAGAAUCAUGAAAGCUUUACAGUGUUUUCUAGAGAGGGCAUGGAAAAUGCCCAGUCUGUCCACAGGCUCCCCUUGCUCUCUGAGUCUAUUCAUCCACUUGAAGGAAAGCUUUCACAUGCUCGAUUGGAUGAUGGCAGCUCUGCAUUUUCUCUUUUAACAAGAGACUUGCCCGUUUACAUGAAUUGCCCUCAUUGCAAUAACUCUGCUAUACAGGCACAACAGAAGGUCAAAUUUGCGAGUAAGAUAUCACAACUUCAGCGGAUCUUUCUGGUGACCCCACCAUUUCCCACAGUUUUAGCGACUUGCCCUGUUAUACAGUUUGAGGAAUCAUGUUUGCCACCAACAAUUCCUGAACGUAAACAGCAAUCACAUUUCAGCUUUGGUUGUUGGGUCAUCCUACCACCUGAGAGCUUUAUUACACUCAGGCUCCCAUUUAUUUAUGGCAUUCGAAAAGAUGAUGGGAUCUUGCAACCACUUAACCACUUUGAAGAUAAGCCAGAACUUACUGCGUGGCUUGCUAAAGGCACUACAUUACAGGUUUUGUCAGUCGGACAUGAAUCUAAUAAGGAAUCUCAAAUGAAGUGAGUAACUAAUGGUAUGCGACUUCUAUCAUUUCUUGAAUGAUUAUCAAGUUCAGUUCCAGUCUUGAUGGAAAACCCCCAUCAUGCAGUAGUUCUGGCAGCUUUGUGUGUUAGGCUACCAAUAAUUGCAUCCACACAAGCUUUUGGCAAAUUAUCAGCGAAGGGAUUCAGGUUUCUGCCAAUAGCAUCAGAUUAAAAAAUGGGAAUUCGGUUCAUCUCCUUUUAGAAAAUCAACCACAAAUGCAUAAUAAGUUAACAACUGACAUAUGGUUUCCCAUGCCUUUGUGGUGCUUGAAUCAAAUGCUUAGAAAUGCAUCAUUAUAGUGAAGAAAAGUGCAGUGACGAGAAAGUCCAAACUUGGCCGUAUAUCACAACCCAGAAAUACUGGUCAGUGGCCAUCAGCAAUAAAUUGUCUUCUAGCUGCGGGCAUAUCAGGGAAAAAAACGUUAUGUGACCAAGAUUUGCAAAAUGGAUACAAUACUCGCACCUCUGAAAUAAGGGUGGAAGGUUGUCCUCUGCAGUGAUUUUACUUAUCGAGCUGAUCACAAAUUUUAUGUAAUUGUGCAACUGGGACUUCACAGGACUAAUACAACAUGGAUUGAUAAUAGAAAGGUAGGACCUUGAAACUAAUGCAAUUGCAAAAAUUAUAUAUCACUUGUUUAUCUGAAAUCUGGAUAGUAAUAACCAUCUUGUGAUUGUAGAAUAUGAUACUACUUAGUUUACAUUCACUUGCUAAAUGGUUGCCAGUCUAGUCAAUUUUAACAAAAAAUAGCCCAAAAUAUGAAAAUGAUUGAGCUUUUUAAGACAA